AGGAGCCCCACGUCGUCCCCUCCUGCAGCUCCUGGUUCAGCCUGAAUGCCAUCCACGAGAUAGAGCGGCUGUACCUGUCGGACUUCUUCGACACCAUCUCGCCCUUCAGGAACCGCGAGGUGUACAUGCACUACCGCGCGGCGCUGGUGUCCAUGUACAGGGAGGACACCUCGCGCCGCCUCACCUUCACGGAGGCACGCAGCCGCCUGCAGGGGGACGUCACCGCCAUACACAGGGUGUGGACAUUCCUGGAUUACUGGGGUGUCAUCAACUUCUCAGCAACCGACGUGCCCUGGCAACGCGGUGGCGGCGGCGGCAGCGACGGCCCCAACCAGCUCACCCUAGCCCUAGGUCCCCCCUCGACCCUCAACGUCGUACGAGUCAACGCAGCAACCGCGGCUACGCUGCCAGGCGCGGCGGCCCUCUUCAACUUCCAACGGCCGAGCGUCGCCGACGCCGCCGCCGCGGCCACCAGUGGCGGCGCCACCGGUGCCGUACACUUGUCGGGUCGCGGUGCUCGUACACAGCACGUGUUGAACCGCGCGGCGGGGGACCCCCCCGGCAGCCGGCCUCGGUUUUACUGCAGCGCUAUGCCCUGGGUGGACUGUACGGACUUGCGCUACCACUGCACCAAGUUCCCGGACAUCGAUCUGUGCCCCGAGGCCUUCGCGGAGGGGCGCUUCCCGCCCGGAACCAACGCCCGGGACUUUGUGCGGGUGGACGCCACCGCCAAGCACUCCGCCGGGCUGGCGGCGGCGGCGGUGGGGGCGGUGGGCGUGGCUGUGGGGCCGCCGCACGGCGCGCCGGCAGCGGAGGGCUCCUGGUCGCAGCAGGAGACGCUGCUGCUGCUGGAGGGGCUGGAGCUGUUCGGGGACGACUGGGCGGCGGUGGCCGACCACGUGGGCAGCAAGAACCAGGUGUCCUGCAUCCUACACUUCCUGCAGCUGCCCAUCGAGGACGCCUUCCUGGACGACAUGGAGGCGGGCACGGGGCCGCGAGCAGGGCCCGUGCCGCCCGCCGCACCGCCCACCACUGGCGGACUGCGACUGCAGCAGCAACAGCAGGCCGCGGCGGCGCGUGCGGCGGCCGCCGCCAAGCAGCAAGGCGCGGAGCAGCAGCAGCAGCAGUCGGGCGGCUUUGUGCUGACUAACAACGUACAUGAUGUGGAUUUGGUUCCCUUCACGGAGGCGGCCAACCCGGUGAUGGCGCUGCUCGCGUUUCUGUCGACGCUCAUAGGGCCCCGUGUGGCGGCGGCUGCGGCGCAGCGGGCGCUGGAGGUGCUGUCAGAGGAGGAUCCGGCGGCUGCGGGCGCGGGUACAGCAGCUGCUGAGGGAGCCCCCGCUGUUCCUCGCGCCAAGGGGACGGCAAAGCCGGCGGCGCCGAAGCCAGCCGCCGGGGGUGCCGCCACACCGGCGGCGGCCGCAGCGACAACAACAGCUGCAGCGGACGCUUCCGGGGGGGCAGCUCCUGCGGCAGCGGAGGAGGGACAGAAGGAGACACAGGAGCAGCAGCAACCGGCAGCGGCGGCGGACGCCCCGGCCGCGGCGACCGAGGCACCGCCAGCGGUGGCUUCCUCCGUCGAAGCAGGUUCCGCUGCUACCUCCGCUGCCCCAGCCACCGCUGAUGCGCCCGGCGCUGCGGAUGCUCCUCCAGCGCAGGCAGGUACGACAGCCUCGGGCGCACCUGCCCCAGAUGCAGCUGUAGCCGCCAGCGGCGGCGGUGGCGGCGGUGGCGGCGCGGCCGCCAUGGAUGUGGAUAGCGGUGCCGGCGGCGGGCAGGAAGGGCCUGCCCCUGUCCCUGCCGCCGCCGCCGCCGCCGCCGCUCCCGCAGCAGCUGCUCCUGCCGAGCCGUCGGCAGCCGGUGCGGAUGCUGGGACCGCUGCCGCCGCUGAGGCAUUGCCGGCGGAGGCGGAGGGGCCUCCGGAAGCGCCGGAGCCGUCAUCUGUGACGCUAACGGCGGCGCGGCUCAAGGCGGCGGCGGCUGCUGGCCUCGCGGCGGCGGCGGCUCGCGCACGAAUGCUAGCUGACGAGCAGGAGCAGGACAUGUUGGAGAUCAUGGGGCAGAUCGUGGAGGUGCAGGUGCAGAAGCUGGGGCUCAAGAUCAAGUACUUGGAGGAUGUGGAGCAGGCGCUGGACAGCGAGCGGGGGCAGCUGGAGAACACGCGCCGAAACCUGGACGAGCAACGCUCCCAGCUGAGGGACACUCGCCGGACCCGAGCGCAGCAGCAGCUGGCUGGAGGCAUGGGUCCGCCUGGACCCAUGGGUCACGGCGCUGCCAGCCAGCAGCUACAAGGGUUGCAGCAACAAGGGUUACAGCCGGGGCCGCAGGGGCUGCAGCAGCUGCAGCAAAGCCUUCAGGGGCUGCCCCCUGCGGCGGCGGCGGCAGCGCUGGCGGCGUUUACGGCUGCCAGCGGUGGCGGGGCUGCUCCGGGCGGUGGCUUGAACCCCUUGCAGCAGCUGCAGCAGCAGGGGUUGCAGCCCGGACAGCAGAGCUUGCAGCAGCUACAGCAGAGCCUGCAGGGGCUGCCACCCGCUGCUGCUGCGGCGGCACUGGCGGCCUUGAGCGCGGCUGGAGCGGGGAUUGCAGGGGGUGGCGGCAUGGCCGGGUUAGGCCAGCCGCACUAAGGGUUUUGGGGUGAAUUGGACAUGCCGGCCGCUAAGCAAGGUCGUGCAUUCAUGCUUUGCUAGGUGGGCCGUUAGCGGGAACGUGAGGGGGCUGCUUACGCCGAACCUGGCCUGAGCGGUGUGUCGAGUUCGGAGCUAGGCAGGGAUGGCAUGUCUCUUAUAGAUGAAAUCCGACGACUGUGUGGGUGCUGUUCGUAAUUGCGGACUGGCUGUGAAGAUAAAGCAUUGCGGUGUCAGGUUGGAAGAGUUGAGGAGACAUGUUAUUGGUACAUAGGCUUACGCGCCGUAAGCACCACGUAUCGGCGCGUCGUGGAGCACAAGCAUGGAAACGGGUCUGAGAUAUUACUGUUACCAACAUGUCACGGUUCAAGGCAUGCAAGCAAUGAAUGAAGAAGAAUGUAUGGGCCAGCGUGUUACAUUGCUUGAGGAGUGUGGCCGUGUCAUAUACCGGCAAUGACAACUGACCGCAUGGCGGGGUUUUUUGCUCUCUUUCCGGGUUCGAGUCGUGGUGUGGACAUUUGUCGUCGUGGCACGUUACUUGGCACGUUGGGAGGUGCUACAUCGGAAUUGCGUAGGAAUGUACAGGACCUGGCCGGGUUUGUGUCGGCGGUAUCUGCCGUACUCGAUCCACAUCGGAAAAAAUGUUAAUUCAUUUGCCCAUGCCGUCUGGAAGCUUACCAGGCUGCCCUUGCAUGUAGACCACUGCAGACAAUGGCUGACUGAAGAAACCACAAGUAUUGAACAGCACGUACGACAGGAUUGUUAAUGCGUUUCAGGCUUAUCAACAAUUUGGAAGGUGACUUGCCCAGAGGCGCAUGUGUAAAGAGCAAUGA